UCCCUCUCUAUCGAGUAGAGUAGUUUGUAUAUAUUAUCUCUUCUCUCUCUUUCAAUCUCCCAAGCGUCAUCCGCUUUAUGAAAGUACUGCUUGUUGAUUUAUUGUCUUAUUGAUAUCCCAUCCACCGGACAACCCCCCCGGACGACCUCCUCAAAAUGUCAGGACCCAUUCGCAAAGGUCUGAAAGAGAUCCUGAGAAAGGACCCUUCAGAUAUCGUUAUCCUCUCGUCUCUCCGUACCCCCAUCACCCGCUCCUACAAGGGACAGCUCAAGGAUGCCUAUCCCGAAGAGCUCCUCGCAAGCGUCUUGAAAGCGACGCUCGCAGCGAACCCCAACCUCGACCCUGCACUCAUUCAAGAUGUCGGCAUUGGAGUUGUUUUGUCUGAGCUCGGUGGUUCCAAGGCAGGCCGUAUGGCAAUGAACCAUGUCGGGGUCCCUACAAGCACAUCCUUCUACACUGUCAACCGAGCCUGCUCCAGUGGUCUCAGCGCGAUCACGAACGUCUCACAUCAAAUAGCAACCGGCAUGAUCGACAUUGGUAUUGGUGGUGGAAUGGAGAGCAUGACACGGAAUUACGGAUCGAGGGCUAUCCCCACGGUAUUGUGGCCGGAAUUGAAGAACAGUGAGGUGAAGGAUGCCCGAGACUGUAUCAUGCCUAUGGGACUCACAAGUGAGAAUGUGGCGGAGCGGUACGGGGUGAGCAGAGCGGACCAGGAUGCCUUUGCGGUGUUGUCGCAUCAGAAGGCUGCGAAAGCCCAGGCCGAGGGCCUCUUUGACAAGGAGAUCAUCCCCGUCACCACGAGAUACCAGGAGGUCAACAAGGCCGGAGAGAAGGUCGGCGAGGAGCAGCAGGUCACAGUCACGAAGGAUGACGGGAUCAGAGCAAAUGCUAGCAUUGAGGGUAUGGCGAAGCUGAAGCCAGCAUUCAAGGAGAACGGGACGUCGACCGCCGGAAACUCCUCCCAGAUCUCAGACGGUGCCGCCGCAACGCUGCUCAUGCGGAGAAGCACCGCUACCGAGCUGGGUCUCACCUCCUCGAUCAUCGGGAAGUGGGCCGGGACCCAGGUGGCUGGUUGCAAACCGGAUGAGAUGGGAAUCGGGCCUGCGAUCGCGAUCCCCAAGCUGCUGGAGUACACUGGCUUGAAGACGGAGGAUGUUGGACUGUGGGAGAUCAACGAGGCGUUUGCUAGUCAGGCCAUCUACUGCUUGAGACAGCUCGGUCUCGAGAAGCAAUUGGAAGAGGGCAGAGUCAACCCUAAGGGUGGUGCCAUCGCUCUGGGUCACCCUCUCGGAGCAACUGGUGCUAGAAUGGUUGCUGGCCUGCUGCCCGAGUUGGAGAGACAGGGUCUGCAGACCGGGGUGGUCAGUAUGUGCAUUGGCACGGGUAUGGGAAUGGCUGGCCUGUUUGUCAGAGAAUAAGUAGCAGAAGGGGUCUUGUAUAAAAGAAAAAACAUUCGGAUCAUCAAAAUUCCCUUGUCAUGAGAGAAAGAAUCUAUUAAAUAAUAAAAGCCGCGCCAGAUGAUAGCGAACAGCUACAU